AUGGAUACCAAAAGUACUUGUGUUUCCCUUGGGAAAUUUCCAUUUGAUUAUACGGAAGACCAAGUAUUGGAUAUUGCUAGAUCGGUUGGUCCUGUUUUAGAUGUUAAACUUUUAUUUGAUGAUUUAACUGGUAAAUCAAAAGGUUAUGCUAUUAUAAAUUAUGGUGAUAAUGAAACUGCUGCUUCUGCAGUACGAAAUUUAAAUUAUAUGACUUUACCAAAUGGUAGAUUUUUAAAAUGUUCAUUUAUAACAGAUUAUGAUAUUGGUAAUAGUAAUAAUAAUACACAAGAUGAUAUAAAAUUACCACCAUUACCUUUAGGAAUACAAAUUCACCCGACGCAAAAUGCAUCACAAGUUAUAUCUUCAAUAUUGAGUAGUAUAGAUCCUCAGUCAAGGUUACAAAUAUUAAAAGAAAUAAAAACAAUGAGUAUAGAGAAUCCAAAAACUACAAAAUUAUUAUUGGAAAGAUUUCCACAAUUGAGUUUGGCAUUAGUUGAAUUAAGUAUGAUUUCAAAUACGACAAAUCAAGAGCUUAUAGAAUUAACAUUGAAUAAAAAGCAUGUGGAUUUGAAGACGUUAUCAUUUGAACAUGUAAAAUUACUACAAAAUAUAGAGAAGUUAAAAUCAGAUGAAAUAAAUGAUUUAAACGAAGAUCAACAAGAAAUUAUAAAAAAAAUACAACAAGAGAUUGAAAAUGGUUCGUAUGGUGAAGUGUCGUCGAUUAAAGAAACUGAGAAAGGACUAGAAGUGUAA